AUGUUUAAACUUUCAAAAAAAUUCAACAACCCUUCAUUUUCGUUAAUUAAUCAUAUUAAGAGAUUAACAAAUAAUUCUCAAGCAAAGACAUAUGAACCUCCAAGAUCAAUUAUAAUUCCUAAACAAUUUUCAACCCCGUUAAUAAAUAACAAAAAUGUAAUGGAAAUAAUAAAUUAUGAAAAUCGAAAUAAAGUUCCAGAUGAUAGAUUUAAAUUAUUUGCUAAACAUGGUAAAGAUAGAAUUAAACCUGGAGAUGUAUUAUUAGUAGAAAGUUAUACAUCAAUGGCAUCAAUUAAAAAUCCUUCUUCCUCUAUAAGUAAGAGUGGUACGUCAGCUUUUGCAGGAAUUUGUAUAAGUAUUAGAAGAAGAGGUGUUGAUACAAAUUUUAUUUUAAGGAAUAUUAUAUUAAAAGUUGGAGUAGAACAAAAAUUUUUUAUUAAUUCACCUUUAAUUAAAUCAAUUAAAAUUUUAUCAAGAGGUGAAGGUUAUAGAAGAGCCAAAUUAUAUUAUUUAAGAGAUCAACCUGGUAAAGCUUUUCAAAUUAGUGAUUUACUCAAAAGGGAAAGAGAAAGAAAGGAAAUCAAUUCUAAACAAAAUAUAAUUAAUAAUAAUGAUAAUACACCAGCUAGUUGA